UCAAUGAAAGUAUCCUUUUUGUUCUUCCUAGUGGCAUUUUAGUUUGCACCGACGUGAUGGCCCGUGGCAUCGACAUUCCAGAAGUACACUGGGUUUUACAGUAUGACCCACCCAGCAGUGCAAGUGCCUUCGUGCAUCGGUGCGGUCGAACAGCAAGGAUUGGCAAUGUAGGCAGCGCGCUUGUAUUUUUGCUUCCCAUGGAAGAAUCUUACAUUAACUUCCUCUCCAUCAACCAGAAGUGUCCCAUGCAGGAAAUGAAACCACAGACAAACGUGUUGGAUCUUCUUCCAAAACUGAAGUCAAUGGCCCUAGCCGACAGGGCAGUGUUUGAGAAAGGCAUGAAAGCCUUUGUGUCUUAUGUCCAGGCAUACGCCAAACACGAGUGUAAUCUGAUCUUCCGAAUAAAAGAUCUGGAUUUUGCUAGCCUUGCCAAAGGUUUUGCAUUGUUAAAAAUGCCAAAGAUGCCUGAACUAAGAGGAAAAUGUUUUCCAGACUUUACUCCGGUCACUGUUAAUACAGACUCCAUUGCAUUCAAGGAUAAAAACAGAGAAAAACAGAGACAAAAACAACUAGAACAACAAAGAAAAGAAAGAGAGGAAAAUGGAGGCAAAAAGAAAUUCAUAAAGAACAAAGCCUGGUCAAAGCAGAAAGCCAAAAGGGAGAAGAAAAAGAAAGUAACAGCUAAAAGGAGGCGUGAAGAGGGCUCCGAUAUUGAAGAUGAGGAUAUGGAAGAGUUGCUGAAUGACACAAGACUCUUGAAAAGAUUAAAAAAGGGAAAAAUUAGUGAAGAAGAGUUUGAGAAAAGACUGACAGGCAGCCGGAGCAAACUUAAAGUAGAAACUGUUGCUGACUUAGAGUCUGAAGGUUGACAGUUAUUUUAACACCACUUUUACAUUAAAAUACUGCCUAUUUCAAUAAAACUGUUCUUUUGUAACAAAA